AUGAUAGAGGACAUCAAACUUAAGCACUGCUCAGGCAUCAACUGCUACAUGAUCACAAUCCCUUCUGGGAUUCAAGUACUUAAUGCAAGUUUCAGAUGCAUAAAAGAAGAAAAUAAAGUCAGUGAAGAAUGCAAAUAUGCCUUCCUUGCAGAUGGUAAAUGGUGGAUUUCAGAAGAUAUCACUUACAAUGUGCAGUUUUUGGAAUACGUUCCUGUGGUGCUGGAGUGGACAGCAUCUGACUUUAUUACCGUGGAUCCAAACGAGAUGAGAAGACGGAACUCAGAAGGGUAUCCUACACUUUACGGGACCAAAUAUUAUUAUUGCCUUAAAGGAUACCAAGGAAAUCCUUAUCUUCCCAUGGGAUGUCAAGAUAUAAACGAAUGCGAAAGCAAGACACUCAAUCAAUGUCCCAACAAGUCGGAUUGUGUGAAUAUACAAGGUAGCUACCAUUGCAACAUGCCAAAAUCUCCAGUGAAGAUAGCCAUUAUAGUUAGUUGUUCAAGCCUUGGGGCAUUGUUUCUAUUCGCUAUUAUAUGGUGCUUGUACAGAAUGAUAAAGAAAAGAAACAAAAUCAAGCUCAAGAAAAAAUUCUUCAAAGAGAAUGGUGGUUUAUUAUUACAACAACAAUUAUCUUCAAAUGACAACAAUGUUCAAAGGAUAAAAUUAUUCAAUUCAAAGGAGUUGAAAAAUGCGACCGAUCAUUUUAACAAAAACAGAAUACUUGGUAAAGGUGGGCAAGGUACAGUUUCUGAAGGAAUGUUAGUUGAUGGAAGAAUUGUGGCAAUUAAAAAGUGCAACACAGUGGAUAAGGAAAAUAUUGAAAAAUUUAUUAGUGAGAUUAUCAUUCUUUCCCAAAUCAACCAUAGAAAUGUGGUCAAACUACUUGGGUGGUGUUUAGAGACAGAAGUUCCUUUGUUAGUUUAUGAAUUCAUUCCUAAUGGGACACUUUCUCAGUACAUUCAUGAAGAGAAUGAAGAGUUUCCAUUACUAACAUGGGAUAUGCGCUUAAGGAUUGCCAUAGAAGUUGCAAGAGCUCUUUCUUACUUACACUCAGCAGCUUCACUACCCAUUUACCAUCAAGAUAUAAAAUCUUCAAACAUACUCCUUGAUGAAAAAUAUAGAGCAAAAGUAGCAGACUUUGGAACUUCAAGAACAGUGGCCAUUGGCCAAACUCAUGUAACUACACUGGUAUAUGGUACUUUUGGGUACUUGGAUCCGGAAUACUUUCAAACAAGCCAAUUUACAGAAAAAAGUGAUGUUUAUAGUUUUGGAGUAGUCCUUAUUGAGCUUUUAACUGGAAAAAAGCCAGUUUUUUUAACAAGAUCACAAGAAGAUCGAAAUUUAUCUACAUACUUCAUUCAUUCAGUAAAAGAGAACCAUCUCUUUGAUAUACUUGAUACUCAAGUAAGGAAGGAUGGUAAUAAACAUGAAGUCAUGGCAAUUGCUAACCUUGCACAAAGAUGUUUGCACUUGUAUGGAAAGAAACAACCUACGAUGACAGAGAUUGUGAAGGAGUUGGAGGGAGUUCAAAUAGUUUAUCAUGAUCAACCAAAUUUUGAAGAAUUUGAUUAUGUUAGAAAUGAAGAAAUGAGGCCUUGGAAUGACAUUUCUAUUUUAUCAAGAUCAAGUUUAGAAAUAGGUGAACCUUCAUCACAAUUUGUCCUUCCAUUUUUAUCUCACUUUGAUUAA